ACACCAGUCAGAAAACCUAACUGUUAACCAUCUGAUACAAAGAGUAUCCGCAGACAGAAACAGUCUCCGCUCGUUGUGACAAAGCUAAUGUCAUUAAAGUAUAAAGCAGAACAUACAACCAGCAGGUGGCAUCAGUCUAGGAGGGGCCGGGGACACAGGCACAGGGAGCAAGGUCGAGCGAACAGGGAACGGCUGGAGGAGCAGAAAGCUGAGGACUCAGUGCCUUGUGGCACCUGUCUGACUAUGUGUCCUGCCUAUGAACUACGCCAGCGGGAAGCACAGAAUCGACUGCACAGGUUUGAGAUGGUGGCCGGCACAGAGCGGGACCGUUUGCCGCGUGCUGAUGUCUCACGUGCCGUCAAAGAGUAUUCGAGACCUGCAGCGGGGAAAGACUCCACGAGAGCCAGCGACCUUCGACCUCCCUCUGUGCUUUUAAAGACUGUGUGUUACCUCGUCGAUGAGAUUGCAGCUUCUUCUACUUCUCAGCCAUGGACGGAGGUGUAUUGUUUUGUGUUUGACCGUCUGCGUAGUGUUCGUCAGGACAUGAUUAUCCAGCGUGUGUCGGGGCCGGACUGUGUGGCCGUGCUGGAGAAAAGCGUGCGUUUCCUUCUCUACGCCUCCUACAGACUCUGCGGGCAGCAGCGUCAGUAUUUUGACCCGCGUAUCAAUGACACUCACCUGCAGGAAUGCUUGAGCUGGUUGCUGGAGAGCUACAGGGAUGGGAAGCACCAGCAUCAAGAGCAGUUUCAGGCACUGAGUCUUCUCUAUAACUUGGGUUCAUCUCAAGCCAUUCAACAUGUUCUGGAGCUGCCCGAGAGGAUACGCAGCUCUCCGGCUGUUCAGCUGGCUCUGGCCGUGAGCAGAGCACAUAUGGAGCGCAACCCAGUUCGGCUGCUCCGUCUAGCCCAGAGACUGGACUUCAUCCAGGUCUGUGCCGUCCACCGACACCUGCUGCCCUGCAGGACAGAGCUGCUCCUGCUCUACAGCCACGGACACAGCAGCCGCAACUGCCGCUACCCGCUCCAGAGACUGGCACGCCUCCUCUUUCUGAAGGACGCGCUGGCUGCACAGCUGUGCCAGGUGUGUGGCGUGAAUGUCACUGAAGACUGGGUGAACUUCUCUAAGAGCUCCUUCACUGACGCUCCGUCUGGAGAUCUGCAGUGCAGAUGUAUGCAUGAGCCGCUGGAUGACGAGAAGUGGAACGGUUCAGCCGGCAGCGUGAUUCAUGGCUGUGUCUGAAACACACUGUUGUUCAUUUGUACUGUUUAUUUCUCUACCUUUUAUUUUUUGGGUCAUGCCAUGUUUCCCACUUCUGAAUUGGUCCAAAACCCUGUGCAUUUUAAAUAAAGCUUUCAUUUUUUUAAUAAACAUAAACUUGGCAGACUCAGGGGUUUUCGGUGGCCCUAGUUACAGACCUCUAAACCAGUGUUUCUCAACUGGUGGGUCGUGGAGUGUACAUUUAAAGAAAGAACAUCAACAAGAAAAAACGUAAUUCUAAAUCUUUUUCUGAUACCAGACUUUUAUUUUGAAAGACGUGUGUGAAAGCUGGUGACACUUCAGUCAGAUGCAGUUUAAGUAAAGAGUGCCUCCUGAUUCAGUAUCUGCGGGCAGAUGAGAUGUUGUCAGGCUUAAUGUCAGCGUUGUUAUUCUAUCGUUAUUUUCGUAACUUGUUACAUAAUAAAAAGUCUCAUGUUAGUAUUGUGUGUUUAACAUGGUAACAAUUUUUGUAAAAUAAUUUUGUUAUUAUUAUUUAAUAAUUUAUAUUAUUCACUGGCCAUUAGAAAUCAGAGAUUCACUUGACGACUGAUUGACAGCCAUUUAAAUUAUAUUUUGUUUUAAAUUUCAUAAUAUUUACAUAUGAUUUUGUGCAUUUUUUGUUUGUGCUUUGUGUUUAACUUUUAACACUGAAUUUAGUUUAUCAUGAAGUAUGAAUUACUUUCAAGUAGUGUCAAUAAACUGUUUUUAGUGUCUACUUUUUCCGCUAUACGUAUAACAUGUAGAUUU